AUGGACAACCUUCAAGAUCUCAUACUCACCGUCGACAACGACAAGAACAUUGCGGUGAUCCAGUUCAACCGACCAGCAAAACGAAACGCAUUUUCUCAGAACACAAUCAACGAACUAGUGGCAGUUCUUGUCCAUCUUGAUCAGCUCGAGACAGUUCGUGCAGUUGUCAUUACUGGUCAGCCGGAUGGCCAUUUCUGUGCCGGAAUGGAUCUCAACGAGCUUGUCCAGAUAUCCACAGCCAAAGGUCACCAACGGGCCUUUCUCAGGGACCUUACAGAUGCCUUUGCAAGUUUCUCAAAACCCAUUAUUGCCGCAGUUGUGGGAUUUGCUCUGGGUGGUGGAUUUGAGAUUUCACUAGCUUGCGAUAUCAUUUAUGCGGCUGAAGAUGCCAUGUUUGGUCUCCCAGAAGUCAAGAUUGGGACGAUUCCUGGCGCUGGUGGUACACAACGGCUGGCCCGGGCAUUGGGGAAGCACAAGGCUAUGGAGUUCAUUCUAACCGGUGAUCCUGCGAGCGGCUCAGAAUUUGAGCGUCUAGGUGUCGUUACCAAAGUAUUUCCCUCAUCGGAGGUCUUACCUGCGGCCAUUAAGCUUGCAGAAAAGCUCUCCAAUCUGUCUGGUCCCGUUUUGCGUAUCGCGAAACAAGCUGUCCUUGCUGCUGAAACUACAACACUAGAUGCUGGGAUGGUGCACGAGAAGGCGUUGUAUUAUUCAACCUUUAGCCUCGAUGACUUUCAGGAGGGAAUAAACUCAUUCCUGGAAAAGAGGAAGCCUACUUUCCGGCAUUCUUAG